AUGGCUUCACCAUCAAAAACUAAGGAACAAAGUAGACUUUUGGACUUAUCGAGUGACGAGGAAUCUGAAGACUUACAGUUAGAAAUUAUACCAAACAGGAAACGGAAAAUUACAAGAAAAUCCUAUGGAAAAGAUCGCCGGAAUCCACAGUCAAAGUCGUCUGAACCCAGUAUUGCAUCUGAAGUGCAGUGUGCAUUAUGUUGGGCUGUCCGAGGAACAUUGUUAUUAUGGCUGCUCAUGCUGACUUGGAUAUGUGCAUCAUUAUAUGACCAAGUUACAACAAUGAAGUUAGACAUAGGAUCAGUAUCGUCUAGCAGCGCCAGUGUCAGUGAUUCGCUGCAGAUAUGUCACACAGCUGCUAAAGAAUUGAAAGCCAAUGCGACAGAAUUGACCACGAGGCUGUCCAAACUGGAGAAGGAUCACCAGGAACUGGCUCUAAGGAUGGAACAAGCUACAAAGGAACUAGCCUUCGUAUCAGACCAACUAUCAGCUGCACCAAAACUUGCAGACACUCCAAGAAGACUCGCGGAACUACAAAGAACAGUCGCAGACUUUGGAUCACAGAUUAAAGGCUUCGAUAGUGCGUUGGCGUCAGCUAAGAAGCAAGCCGUCACCGCUUCAUCGGGAGUUGAGGAAGUGAAGAAUAUUCUUCACGAGCUGGAGACACGGAGUAAUGAUACGAUAGCUAAUAUGACGACCAGCUUUAAAAUGGAGGAAGAACUGAAGAAUCAACUGACGACGUUAAAUAACACGCUGUUCAAUAGAAUAUAUGAUAUAGAGAAUAAAGUUAGGGAUAUUAAUAAGCCAUUGAGUACAGUGGCCACUAUCACAACUCAGCCCAUAGUCAACGCUACCAAGAUAACUAAUACUACUGAGACACAAGGACCAGCGAAACCGUUUGUGCUGCAUUGA